ACUGAGAAAAGAAAAAGCACUUAAGUUGCAACUUUCAGGCUACUUGCAAUAAAGUGUUAAAUGGAAACUGAAUUCUAUAUAUGCAACCUAAAACUGACAGGUAAAAUUGCUUCUCAAUUAUAAGCAUUUAAUACCUUGCCUUUAUUUGAGUUUACUACAACUGCCAAUGUCCUCUAAGAAAUUCCUAUUACUGGAAAUCAAGUAUUUUAAGUUACUUAUUUCAAGAAUAAAAUUAUCGAUGACGUUCAAUGACAGUAAAAAAAAAAAAGUUGGUAGUGAGAAGUUACACGGUAUUGUUCACUGGAUUUGGGUACAUCAUUAGCAACUCAAGCACCUGGCACAAGCAAGGGUUAUCUGGUGUACAAUUCAGGUCCUUUAUAGGAAGAGAAAGACCAAAGGGACUUAAAAUCAUCAGCAAUCCCAUCCCCUCAAGGCAACUGCCACUUUCAUGUCUUUCCAUGGUUUCUUCUAAUUUUCAACGAAAAUCGAUUUUCAACCAGAGCACACCCAGGUGUCCUCCCACUUCAUUAAAUACCUUCGCCCAGACUUCCUACGCCACACGGUCGAACCAGGCUCUUCUGGGAUGGAUCUUUCUCCAGGCCGACGAGUUAACUACUUCAAGUUUCAGAGAUAAGCAAAAGAACUCUGCAAUAAAGAGGGGGGUGAAGCAGGAGUCAAGGACCCGUCUUAGGGCAGAAGUUUCAGCUGGGAACACAAGGAAACGAGUUACUGUCCAAAAGGCGCACACGCAUCUCCCCUGUCUCCUCUGGGACCUGGGCGCCUGUCUCGUCUCCGUCCCCCGCAAACUGGUCGGCGGGGCUUCCUCUCGCCACCAGCCCUGCCAGGCACCCCACGAGGUAAGGGGGUGCGGGGCCCUGGGCCGCCGCCCGCACUCGCUCCUUUGUCCUUUCCUCCUUCCUUACCCCAUCGGGGCCCAGGGCGCUCGGGGCCACGUUCACCGCUGCCCCCGGGCCUGCAAAACGCAGGCUUCCUCGACCCGCCGCGGCCCGGGCGGGGCGCGCACAGCCCCGCAAGCCCGGGGGCCCGCGGUCGACCCCGCCGCACCUUGCGACGCCAGCUCCGCUCCGCUCCGCUCCGCACGGCAGCGGCCGCCACCAGGCUCCACUCCCGCGCGCGCCGGGGGCCCGGACUCCCGCUCCCCGCGCGCCGCCCGGCCGGAAGCAGGAAGGCGGAAGCCGCGGCCCUCGCGUCCCGCCCACAGACGGGCCCCGCCGGGACCUGGGAGUGGGGAGGGCCGGCGGCCAGUUCCGGCUGCGCGGGGGCUCGCUGGGUCCCGGGACCUGGACUUCGAGGACGCGGAGGGGAGGGAGGGCCCGGCGGCGCCGAGAUUUCCGGGGAGCGGCAGAAGAUUCCAUCAGCUGUGCUGCAGAUUUGCCUCUCUAUAUACAAAAAACCAAAAGAAUGUUUUUGCUCCAAAAGGUAACACAAUUAGCCUCACUAGAUGCCUAAACCAGAGGAGCCACUGAUGAUCUUGGCCUCUGAAUCUCCAAAAACUCUCGUACCCCCCACAAGACGUGGAGGAGCCACAGGGAAAUGCAACUGAUUCUCACUGUGAAAGAAAGGAUUAUGGGAUCUCUACACCAGGCCUCGAGGCUGGCGUUAAAAAAAAAGAAAAAGAACUGCUGAUGUCCACAUAACCUGUGUCUCUUAAGUAAAUCAAACUUGGAAUUCAGCCUCACUGCCUCGGAGUCAUUUUGGUUCCUGCCAGCAAGAAUAUUAAUGAACUUAGUGCCUCCGUGGGCUCACUCAUGGGGAGCAUGCCUACCUCCUUCCUUGUUCCAGCCCUGCCCCUGCUCCAUCUGAUGAGCUGGGAAGCUGGGAGAUGUCUCAGAAACCCAGGUCUUUCCCUCAAACCCAGCUGGUUAGCAGUGUUCUCUGAUUCUUCUGUCUUGCUUUUGGAUGUCAAAAAGAAGAGUUUCUCGGGCAUGAGUUUGAAAAAAGCAAGCCAGGGGCUGGCACCAUGGUGCACAAGGUUAAUCCUCCGCCUGCGGUGCCGGGUUCUAGUCCUGGUUGCCCCUCUUCCAGUCCAGCACUCUGCUGUAGCCCGGGAAGGCAGUGGAGGAUGGCCCAGGUGCUUGUACCCUGCACCCGCGUGGGAGACCAGGAGGAAGCACCUGGCUCCUGGCUUCGGAUUGGCGCACCACAGGCCGUAGCGGCCAUUUGGGGGGUGAACAGAUGGAAGGAAGACCUUUCUCUCUGUCUCUCUCACUGUCUAUAACUCUACCUGUCAAAUAAUAAAUAAAAAAGAAAGAAAGAAAAAAGCAAGCCAUACACUAGCAGUUCUUGUCAUGACCAAGCAGGGAAUUCAGCUUAACUCUGACUUUAUCCUUCCUGCUUUUAUUCUCUUUUUGACAAUGAUAAAUAAUCCAAAUUUGCUUUUGGACUUUGGCUUAUCUCCAUGGAGUCACAGUUACAGGAAUAUUCCAAACAAGUAGUAAUCCCUCGAUUUCCCAAAAUCAUGAAAGUGGUAUAGGAAGCAUGCUAACAUUAACAGGAGCUAAAUGUGUCAAAAAUAGUAAAGACCAUAAACCAUAAACCAUUUGGGGAGUGAACCAGUGGAUGGAAGAUCUUUCUGUGUCUGUCUCUCUUUCUCUCUGCUUCUCUGUAACUCUGCCUUUCAAAUAAAUAAAUCUUAAAAAAAAAAAAAAAAAAGUAAACCAGUUCACGCUUAUCUUCGAUUUAGCAUCACCUAGUCUGUGACUAUACCACCCUGAAUGUGCCCACUCUCCUGUGAUCUUGGAAGCUCAGCAGGACCAGGCCGGGCAGUAUUUGGAUGGGAGAAUCACCUGGAGCUCUCUUUAAGCUUCCAAAGCCCAUACCCAGGCAUCAGGGAUUUUUUUUUUUUUCCCUGUUGGUUUUUUUUUUUUUUUUUUUGGCCAGGCAGAGUUAGACAGUGAGAGAGAGAUAGAGAGAGAGUUAUAGACAGUGAGAGAGAGGCAGAGAGAAAGGCCUUCCUUUCAUUGGUUCACUCCCCUAAUGGCCGCUGUGGCCGGCACUGCGCCAAUCCAAAGCCAGGAGCCAGGUGCUUCCUCCUGGUCUCCCAUGCGGAUGCAGGGCCCAAGCACUUGGGCCAUCCUCCACUGCCCUCCAGGGCCACAGCAGAGAGCUGGCCUAGAAGAGGAGCAACCGGACUAGUGGCCGGCGCCCCAACCGGGACUAGAACCCAGGGUGCCGGCGCCACAGGUGGAGGAUUAGCCUAGUGAGCCACGGCGCCUGCCCAGGAAUGUUUUGGUCCCUAGUUGAUCCCAACAUGUACACAGGCUUGGGAACCACAGAUGUAUCCAAAAUAGGUAACUGCAAUUCUUUAAAGUUUUGUUACAAUUUUUUUGUGACACCAAAAGUUUUAUAUGUAAGGUAUUUCAUUUUCAGAUACUGAAAGCUUCGUGUGCAGUUGGUUUUAUGAAACUAUGGUCUGCCAGGAUGACAUUUUUUCCAUGCUUCGGGUGAUUGCUUUAGAAUUCCUUCUCUGAGUUAGUCAAACACAACUUUAAAAUACCUAACUCGGGGGCGCUAUGCUCUUUGGGUGAGCAUUGUCCGUUUGCCCUGCUUAAAGAAACAGAAUUUGACACAAAUUGAUAAGUAUUUAAAUGUUUCUGUGUAUACUUACAUAUUACUUAUUGAAGCUACUACUGGCUGUCCAAAAUUGAGGAAGGUAGGAUUUUAAAUACAGCAAAAAUUAAUCACUCAUAGAUGGUGGAUUUGCAUGAUACCUUUUUAUCAAAACUCAGAACUCUAGCCUUGUACAAAUAACAUGCUGUUUUAUAAAAAUUUAAAUUUAAAUUUAAUUUAAUUAGAGAAAUUAAAACUAACAAUGUAACUCAAUUAAACAAUUUGGGAGUAGUUGUGGUACAGUGGGUUAAGCUGCCACUAGGAUGUGUACAUCCCAUAACAGAGUAUCUCGGAUGGAGACCCACCCCUGCUUCUGAUCCAGCUUCUGCUGAUAUGCCUGGGAGGCAGCAGUUGAUGGCUCGAGUACUUGGGUCCCUGUCACCUAUACGGAGACCCGGAUGGAGUUCCCGGCUCCUGGCGUCAGCCUGGUCCAAUCCCAGCUGUGACAGGCAUCUGGAGAGUGAGCCAGCAGAGGGAAAAUCUUUCUCUCUCUCCUCUCUCUCCCUGUCUCCCCUAUGCUCUGCCUUUCAAAUGAACACAAGUGAAUAAAUUAACAUUUUUAAACAUUAUCUUUGCUAUAUGUAUCUUGAGAGAAAUUAAAGGAAUCGAAUUUAUAAUUAAAGCUAUUACCUGAAUAGGUGUGAUCUUGACUUUAAUGAAUUAACAAGUAAGCUUCUUACUAUAAGUAUUUCAUUAAUGUUAAGCCAUAUUUGAUUUAGAAACCACUUACACUUAAUUUCUGGCUUAGUGUUCAGUGAAAAUCAUCUAUGCUGACAGGUACAGGUUCUAGAUCCUGUACUUGAUCGCUUUUGGGUCACUUAGUGACAAUGGGAAAGAGGGCAUAAAGCUGUAAUCGAAUUUCUUGUAAUACUUGUCAGAGACAACCUUCAUGGCAAAAGUUUGGUUGGGAAAUGCAUAGCUUUUAAAAAAAAUUUUUAAGAUUUAUUUACGUAUUUGAGAGGCAGAGUUACAGAGACAGAGUGAGGUCGUUCAUCUGCUGUUUCACUCCCCAAAUGGCUGCGACGGCUGAAGCCAGGAGCUAGGCGUUUCCUCCGUGUCUCCCACGUGGAUGCAGGGACCCAAGCACUUGGGCCAUCUUCUACUGCUUCCCCAGGCCAUAAGGGAGCUGGAUUGGAAGUGGAGCAGCCAGGACUCUAAAUGGCACCGGUAUGGGAUGCCGGCACCACAGGCAGAGGUCUAACCUACUACGCUGCAGCGCCAGCCCCAGAAAAUACGUACUUUUUUAAACUCAGAUUUCGUUCUAUAAGCAUUGGUUGGGGAGGAGGCAAAACAAAUGAGAAUGCCUCAUUAAAAACAAAAGCCUGAUAUGUUGCACUUACUAAAAUCACUUUUUCUUUUCUUUUUCUAUGACGAUU